UAAAGAUAUCUGGCUUUUCAUGUUAUUUGGUUCGGAGCACUGAGAGCGGGAACGCUGCUGUUUUCGUUUCUUUUUUGUUUGGAUUUUUUUUUUUUUGGAGCAAAGCGGAAACUCGAUCAUGGCGAGCGUUGUAGAUAAGGAGGAAAUCGUGCGUACAGAGAACGAAACUCAGAUGGAGAAGCAGGAAAACAAAGUUGAGGUGGUUUCGGUUGAGCUCCCUGCGCCGGAAGGGUGGAAGAAGAAGUUCACUCCAAAGAAAGGUGGAACCCCAAAGAGGAAUGAAAUAAUUUUCAUAUCACCUACUGGUGAGGAGAUCAAGAACAAGAGACAGUUAGAGCAGUUCAUUAAAUCUCACCCUGGAGGGCCGUCUCUGUCUGAAUUUGACUGGGGCACUGGUGACACGCCAAGGCGUUCUGCAAGAAUUAGUGAAAAGGUAAAGGCGACUGAGACCCCAGAACCUGAGCCUCCAAAGAAACGAGAAAGGAAAUCAAGCUCAAAGAAGGGUGCAGAAGAGAAGAAUGAUGGUGGUAAUGGUGAAGGUGAUGCUCCUCAAAAGGAAGAUGUUACCCCUGCAGCUGUAGAAGAAAUUAAAGAAAAUACAGAUGCUGAAAUGCAUGAGGGAGAUGAUGGAAAGAAGAAGAAUGAAGCAGAAGCUGUUACAAAUGAUGCUGUAAUGGUUGAUGACACUUCCAAGCAGGAUUCUUAUCAGACCAGUGAGAAAAAAACUGAGAAAAUGAGUAUAGAGAAGGCUGAGAAUCCAGAGCAGUCAGAAAAUAAGGAGAAUAUUGAGAAGCAUCCAGCAGAAUCUAAGGUGCUGCCCUCCCUAUCUGAACCGAAUGAGGAGUUAGGAUCUGAGGAAGUGGUGAAAGUGGCAGAGGAGGUGUCCUCUGCAGAAGAGGUCAAGGGGAAAGAAGUUAAGCCGGCAGAAGAGGCAUCUAAGAUGAAGGAAGUCGUGACAAAAGAGGAGGCAUUUGAUGCCAAAGAAGUCGAGUCAGAAGAGGAGAAAUCUAGUGUGAAAGAAGUCAAGGCAGCAGAGGAGGCAAUUCCUGAUGAUACCAAGGGAGAAAAUGUCCCCGAGGACACCAAGGAGGAAGAGGCCAGAGUAGGUGAUUGUCUACCAGAUAAUGGCAUCCCUAAGCAGAGCCAAGAUGAGACAAAACCCAUGGACACACACACAAUACACUGUGAGGAUGCACAGCAUCAGCUCAAGGCCUCUUCAGUUAGCUGCUGAAGAUCCUGAUGUAAUUUCUCCUCUCCUUAAAUUUGUGGUCUUUGUUUAGGAUCUAAUGGCUGAUUGUGAUAAUUUAUUGCUUUGCUGUUAGGGUUUCUUGUGGCACCUUCCUGGCACUGGCCAUGUGUAUCUGAAGCUCUGUACUGCUGUUUUUUUUUUGUUUUUUUGCUUUAUCAGUGACUUGUUCUGACUCCCAACUGUUCUAACUUGUAAGCAACAUUCUUGACAUUCAGUGUUUUGGUAUUAAGUUAUUGUAUAUUGGUUGAGAUUUGUGACCUCUCCACCUUUGCUUUGCUU